GGUCCGGGGGUGGGGGGGUGGGGGCGGCGGCGGCAUGGAGCGAGCGGUCCCUGGGCGUGAUGGGGGGCCCCGCUCGCCCCCCUCGGCCCUGCCCUGGGGCGGCCUCUCGGCCUGGCUGGAGUGUGCCUGCGCCGUCACCUUCGACCUGGAGCUGGGCCAGGCGCUGGAGCUGGUGUACCCCCCCGAUUACGCGCUGACGGAGAAGGAGAAGACGAGCCUGUGCUACCUGGCCUUCCCGGACUCCUACUCAGGCCGCCUGGGCGACACCCAGUUCAGCUUCCGCCUCCGACGGUCGGGCGGGCAGCGGAGCCCCCUGGACAAGGAGGGCCCCGAGUACGACCGAGCGGCCCCCCUCUGGCUGCAGCGGGAGCCUGCCCAUUAUUUCGGCUACGUGUAUUUCCGGCAAGUGAAAGACAGUUCCCUGAAGAGGGGCUAUUUCCAGAAGUCCCUCGUUUUGGUAUCUCGCCUGCCUUAUGUGAACCUUUUCCAGCGUCUUCUGCAGCUCAUCGCUCCCGAGUACUUUGACAAGCUGGACCCCUGUCUGGAGGCGGUGUGCAGCGAGAUUGACCAGUGGCCGCCUCCAGAGCCCGGCCGGGUGCUGAACCUGCCUGUGAUGGGUGUGGUCAUUCAGGUGAGAGUUCCCUCAAGGGCAGACAAGCCUGGAUCCAGCCUUGACACGCCCGUGAAUCAGGAGGACCUCUCGCCAGCCCCCCUCGUGCUCAGCAGUGUCUCUGAGCUGGACCUCUUCCGGUGUUUCCAGCCCGUGCUGACCCACGUCCAGAUGCUGUGGGAGCUGAUGCUGCUGGCGGAGCCCCUCGUGGUCAUGGCCCCCUCGCCCGCCGUCUCCUCGGAAGUGGUUCUGGCGCUCACCAGCUGCCUGGCUCCUCUGAAGUAUUGCUGCGACUAUCGUCCCUAUUUCACCAUCCACGACAGCGAGCUGAAAGAGUACACCACCCGGACACAGGCCCCGCCAAGUGUUGUGCUGGGAGUCACCAACCCCUUUUUCAUCAAGAUCCUGCAGCAGUGGCCCCACAUCCUCCGCCUGGGGGAGCUCAAGAUGGCGGGUGAUCUGCCCAAGCAAGUAAAGGUGAAGAAACCUGCCAGGUUAAGGUCCCUGGAUGCCAAGCCAGGACUUUACUCAUCGUAUAAACCGUUCCUGCACAAGGACAAGGCCCUGAUCAAGAGACUCUUAAAGGGCAUCCACAAGAAGCGCUCGUCUGAAGCCCAGAGCAUACUGCUGAGGCAGCACCUCCUGGAGCUCACGGAGAGCUUCAUCAUCCCCUUGGAGCACUACAUGGCCAGCCUGAUGCCGCUGCAAAGAGCCGUCACGCCGUGGAGGAACCCCCCUCCGAUCCGCCCCUUCCAGCAGGAGGAAUUCCUCAAGACCCUCGAGAAUGCUGGGCCUCAGCUCACCUCUGUGAUCAAAGGGGACUGGAUUGGCCUGUACAGGCGAUUCUUCAGGUCCCCCAUCUUUGACGGCUGGUUCCGCCAGAGGCACAAGGAGAUGAUGCACAAGCUGGAGGCGCUGCACCUGGAGGCCAUCUCGGAGGCAAACAUUGGGGCCUGGAUGAAGCACAAAUCCGAGGUGGAAGUUGUGGACCUGGUGCUGAAACUCCGUGAGAAACUGGUGCGAGCCCAGGGCCACCACUUGCCGGUGAAGGAGGAGGCGGCCCAGCGUGUGCGCCAGCACAUCACCACCCUCGUCGGGUCCCUGCCGGAGGACCUCCAGGCUGUGCUGUGUCCACAGUGAGCAGCCUGCAGCAGCGGCGGUGGAGCCCAUCUGCCCAGGGCCGCAGUUGCCGUUGGGGAGGCCAGCCUGCCUGCCUGCCUGCCUGCCUGCCUGCUGUGACGCGUGGGCUGGGCCGGGGGUGCCCUGAGGGCUCUUGCCAGGCUACGCAGGAGGAAGGAGGAAGAUAUGUCAGCAGCUGGGAGGCCUCCGCCUGUUUGGCUGAGGAAGGGACCGCCUACCCCUGCCUCCAAGGGGCUAUUCCACCCAUGCCCUCUAGCAGUCCAGAGGCCAAGGGGCAUUAGGAGCAUUGUUUAGU